AUGGCAGACCAGCAGUCCGCAGCCUGGCCUGUAGCCGACCAGGCGCUGAGCCAGGAGAUUCUAGACUUGGUGCAGCAGGCCUCGCAUUAUCGUCAGUUGAAGAAGGGCGCCAACGAAGCAACCAAGACCCUCAACCGCGGCAUCAGCGAGAUCGUCAUCCUCGCCGCCGAUACCGCCCCCUUGGCCAUCCUCCUCCACCUCCCGCUGUUAUGCGAGGAUAAGAAUACUCCGUACGUUUAUGUGCCCAGUAAGAUGGCGCUUGGAAGGGCGUGUGGUGUCAGCAGGGCGGUGAUUAGUUGUAGUAUCACUACGAAUGAGGCGAGUGAUCUCAUGGGCCAGAUUAGGGCGCUGAAGGAUAAGGUUGAGCGGUUGAUGAUUUAG